AUGGCACCGAUGCUGCAGGCUUUUGCUUGUCCCACUCACCUGGCCCUGCUUCCUAACUCGCGCACCAUCUCUUUCUGCCCCAAUCUCCGACGUCCGCCGGCAGUCCCUCCGUCCACCUUUCUAACGUACCAGGUUCGACCUUUUCCCACGCUCAAGAGGAACUUCACUACCCGAGCAUUGCUUGAUCUCAGAGGUGUCCGGGACUACGAGCUUGAUCAGUACGGUGUUGUUAACAAUGCUGUUUAUGCGAGUUACUGCCAACAUGGUCGUAGUGAGUUUCUAGAAAGCAUUGGUGUAAACUGUGAUGCAGUUGCCCGUUCCGGUGAUGCAUUAGCAAUAUCAGAGCUGUCACUUAAAUUCCUUGCACCCUUACAAAGUGGAGACAAGUUUGUCGUGAAGGUGAGGAUCUCCGGCUCCUCAGCUGCACGAAUUUACUUCGAUCAUUUCAUUUUCAAGUUGCCAAAUCAAGAGCCUGUUUUGGAAGCAAAGGCUACAGUAGUUUGGCUCGACAAAAACUAUCGUCCUGUACGGAUACCAUCCGAAGUAAGAUCAAAAUUUGUUCAGUUGAUUCGCCACGAGGAAUCCAAAUGAGUUUACUGCAACCAGACUGAAUGUUUCAGAAUUUUUUUUCCCUCUAAUGUAAAAUAAGAGCCGAGGAUGAAUGAACUCCACAUACUUUCCAUGAGUUACAGUGAUACAAUUCUUCUGGUUUGUUCUGUAUUCAUAUGGUUUAGCUCCUUCUGUAAGUUUAAACUGUGAUCAUGGUGGUCAAAUGGGUUUACUGUGACAAUGAAGAUCAGUUUAUUAAAAAAAA